AUCGUGGCUGACGAUGACAAGAGUGCCAAUGAUGCAUCUACUAUCGACGACCGAAUCUCUUCGUAUACAGCAUCUUUGACAUCAAGCGUUGUAGACUAUCCGGAAGAGUACGGGCGAACCUAUCAUGCUUUCCGAGCAGGAUCAUAUAACUUUCCAAAUGAUGAGAGAGAGAUGGAUCGCUUAGAUUUGACACAUACGAUGAUUGUCAAGACCAUCGGCAACAAGUUCUUCCUCGCCCCCAUCAAGGCUGAGGUGACGCACCGCAUCCUCGACGUCGGAACCGGUACUGGGAUCUGGGCCAUCGAGAUUGCCGACCUCUUUCCGAAUGCCGAGAUUUUUGGAAACGACUUGAGCCCAAUCCAACCAGCAUGGGUGCCGCCAAAUGUCAAGUUCGAGAUUGAUGACGUCGAAAGCGCAUGGGUUGUCAGCAACAAAUACGACUUCAUUUUCACGCGAUACAUGGCGGCAUCUAUCGCAGACUGGCCAAAGCUCGUCAACAGAGUAUACGAAAAUCUUGCGCCAAAGGGCUGGGCCGAGUUCCAAGACAUGAGUGUGCUCUACGCAUGCGAUGACGGAACACUUACGGAGGAGCAUGCAAUCAUGAAUUGGGAUCGACUGUUCAUCGAAGCUUGCAAGAAGCUGGGCCGCGAAGACUCCCCAGGCCCCAAACUGGAGGGCUGGGUUCGCCAAGCGCCGUUCAAGAAUGUUGUCCACCAGCACUUCAAGAUACCUCUGGGUCCUUGGGCUAAGGACGCCCACAAUAAGGAUUUAGGAUGGUGCAACCUCGCUCAAACUCUGGAGGGUCUCGAUGCAUUCACCUUGAAGCUGUUCAUUGGUGUUCUUGGAUGGACUAGGGAGGAGGUGGUGGUGCUGUUGGCCCAGGUUCGCCAAGAGUUGAAGAGCGGUGCAUUCCACGCAUAUCUAAACUAUCACGUUGUCUAUGGACAGAAAAUUGAGGAUGAGGAAGGAAAGGCUACGGAGAACUGA